AAAAAAUUCAUUUUUCCAAAAAUUUCUUCUAGCAAUUCUAGCUUUCACAAAUUCUUUGAUAGUUAACAACAACAAUUAACAUCAUCAUGAACUCAUCUGCUUCCAUACAAGCUCCUUCCGUUCGUGCCUACACGCCUCUUGAAAUGAAGCACAUGAUUCUCAAAAGUGUUUUCAAAGAUGGAAUAGGCGCUUCAAAAGGUUUUCCUUCUAUGGCCCUAACGCACCUCUCAAUGUAUGACGCGGAAACGACCAUGCCAUUUGCCGCUGCCAUGUCAUUGGGUGAGGGAGAAGGUUUGCCAGCAGUCAUUGAAAAUACUGAACGAGAGAACGCCGUAUGUGAAGAGCGGGGUCAAAAAAUACUUCAUCAUAUACAGAGCCCCAACAAUGAAGUUAUGAGAAGAUCCAUUGAAGAACUCCUUGAUCAAGAUAUUAACGAAAGAGGUCUUUUAGAAAAGGACCCGAACAUAUUCGAGAAAUCGAUUUUGUCAAAGGUAUAAACUUCUGUUUUCAUUUUUGUCUUCCUUACUACAUACAGAGCAGAUCAACUCAGUGACUUGCAUGAAUAUAGGCAGUGCUUAUCGUGGAGGAUAUGGAGCGAAAGAGGUUCGAGAAUGAAAUUCAGUAUGACGGGCAUGAUUUUAGGAUUCUAUUGAUCACGUUGAUUGAUGGCUGGGGUCAAUGUUCUAAGGUUGACUUGUUAUAUUUCAAUUAUAAGACAUCUUUCCCCUGGUUUAUGUCUACUCUCAAAGACGAGACGCGAAAUAACAAGAUUCCUCCAGAGAACAUCACGUUGCCUCCGCUUUACUGGGACAAUGAAGUGAUCAGUACUUCUAGCAUUCAAAACAUUAAUGCCUCGGAACAAUCUGCGGAUCGUACUGGUUCAUUGUUAAGCAAGGCCGAGUCGGCACAAACUAUACCAGAUACGAUACGAGAUCCUAAUGACAAAGGGUACAAUCUUUCAGAUGGCCCUUGGAUGUAUAGAUUGCCAAAUCUAAGCAAAGAUCCUGCUGUCAAGCCCGGGUGGAAAUGCAUCAGAACUGAAAAUGACUACAUGGUUAUGCUGGACGACAUCCGCGGCAUCAACUUCAAAUACGCAGAAUGGGGAGAGACAUCAAAAUGUAGUGUCGUGAUCAUGCACGUAAGUACAUUUCGAUUUUAACUCCACAGCGGCCUCUUGUUUGUCAGGCUAGAUUUCGAUACUUAAUUUCACUUACUAAUUUCUCUUUCUCUAUUAGUCACUAGAUAAAGAUUGUCAACAAAGAUAUUUUGACACCCGGGAUGAGGAGCGUGCUUUUGGUACGAAGUGGGAGAAGGAGUUGGAAGAGGCUGGAUUCUUUGAUGACGAGGAGAUUGUUGGUAAUUAUGGAGAUGAUUGGUUUGAUCACUGGAAUGGAAUCCAUAAGAGUCCUCACGGGGGUACUUCAUCAGAGUGAGCUUGGAGAACCUUCGAAGCCAGAGAAUUAGCUAUAUGGAGGAGCAUUUCCAUGCUUGAUGAGGAACAUUUCAGUGUUCGAUGCAAGUUUGAAAAUUGAAAUUACUAGCAGGAACUCCACCCUGAAUGAUACGUUUGAACAUUCAAGGAAAACUGAUUCAAGAUCCAACAACAAUGCAAGAUACUGGCAUUCGAGUCAAAAUAUCAGCACUUACUCUUUAAUUACU